CUCUUCUUCAUCUACUCUAUCGUCAUUAUCAUCUAUCGACUUGAUUUUCUAUCAAUUGAUUAAUUCGAUUCUUAAUCGUAACAACUGAUGAUUCAUUUCAACAUGCUACAAAUUAAACAUUUUCUUUUGUUCUCAUGAUUAAUCAAAUUGUUUUUAAUUGUUUCCAUUCAUUACACCAAUGAAAUCUGGAGAUCUAACGAUUACAGGUUAACAUUUGGAUUCGAAUGUUUUUGUUUACUUAAUCAUCUCCUGUGUUAGAAUUGAAUUUCCAUUCAUUUAUUUUAAUUACAAUUAAUUUCUCCCUGAUUAUUUUGCUCUACACUAAUUAACCACCAAUUGAUCAAGAUGCCUGGUGUUCGGGAAACAAUUAACUCAAGCUUCACAGCUUGUAGAGUGGGAUUGAGAAAGUGUUGGCAAUGGAUCCAAUGUCAUAAGCCAAUUGUGUUUAUCCUUCAAGAUCAAUACAAUGUACUUUGCUUAGGAUUAAGUGGUGCUGGAAAAACAACUCUAUUGUCUCACCUUGUACAAGAACCUUUGUCUAACUGUGAACCCACCCGAGGAUUUAACAUUAAAACACUGCCAAUCAAAAACACUGUAAUUAGUAUCAAGGAGCUCGGAGGAUCUUUCCAAGUUCAACCUUUUUGGGACCAUUAUUUUGGUAAUAAAAAUGGAAUCCUUUUUGUCGUCGAUUCAACCGAUUCAGAGGAGGAAUUAAACACUGCCCAGGAAGCAUUAAGAGUGGUUCUGGCUGACCAUCGAUUGACCGGUAAACCUUGCCUUAUAUUGGGUACUCAUUCUGAUUUGGAAGGAGCCAGAAAUUCAGAGGAAAUCGAACGUUAUUUUAAACCCUUAAUGAAUGGUCGCAAAUGGUGCGUUUCCUGUUGCUCGGCUUACGAUCGAACUCAAAUUAUUGCCGCUCUUGAGACGCUUAUUGAUCUCAUGGUGAUGAAUGUCUGAUGCUCACUUUUAAUUAAUGUUUACAAUUAACAUUCGUAUUGACCAAAGUUAAUGUGAAUUCGUAUCUCUUACCUCGCCCUCUUAAUCGUAGGACAAUUUUUUCAACACAAAAGUGAUAAUCUCAAUUCAACUCAAUAACAAUUUUCCUCCAUCAUAACAAUUAAUAAUUUUUCAUAUUCUGUAACAUUAUCAUCCAGUCAUUAAUACAAAUCUCAUUUGGAUCCAGCAAUUAGUCAACAGGAAUGAAAUUGAUUGGAAAAUCAUUCAUUUUCCUAAUUACGAUAGAUAAUUUUAUUCUUAUUUAUCUCCAAUUAAAUCCAUCCUUAAAUCAAAGAUGGAGAUUAAAUUUAA